AGAGAGAGAUCAGCCAUGGUUGAAUGGUGGAGUAGACUUGAUGGGUCGAAUGGCCUAAUUCCACUCCUAUCAUUUGUAAACUUAUGAAUGUGAAAGUUUAGCGGGAGGAGGCAAGAGAAUGUGUUUGAGAGUGAUAAUAAAUCAGCCAUGAUCGAAUGGUGGGGUAGAUCUGAUGGGCCGAAUGGCCUAAUUCUGCUCCUCUGUCUUAUGCUCUUGUGGCUGAGACAGAAGGAAUUGCAGAUGCUGGAAUCUUGGGCAAAACACAAAGUGCUGGAGGAAUUCAAGGAGGCAGGCAGCUAGGGAAUCAGUGGAGGGAAUCGACAGACGUCGUUUUGGAUCAUUCUGAAUACGUUAAACGUUGGUGAUUUGUGUAAAUCUUAUUUGGAACCGUGCUGGAAACCUGAGCUGGAGAAAUGUCAAGAGUGUUUUAUUGUCAUGUGUCCCGGACAGAACAAUGACAUUCUUACUUACAGCAGCACAACAAAUUCAAAUUCAAAUUUCAAAUUUAUUUUGUCACAUACACCUAGGUGUAGUGAAAUUCUUUUUGCCAUGCAGCACAUUAAAAACGAAUACAACAUGACAGUAAUAGAUAGUUUCAACAUCAAAACAUCCCCCCCAAAUUGUGGGGAAAGGCACAAAGUCCAGUCCCAUCCCCAUGUCCACCCAUAGUCGGGCCUCCUUACUCGAGACCGUGGCUUCCGGAGCCGACAGGGCCGUGCCGAAUGGAGCUCAACUGGCAAUCUCAUCAGGAGAUCCCAGGCUCCCGAUGGAAAGUUCAGCGCCGCCGCCCGCAGCCGCUCCACAGACCCGCAGCUCCGCAACGGACCCAGCUCCAGUUACCAGAGUUUCAGCGAAGUCACCGCCAGCCCCGCAAUGGCGCUCCAGCGCUGCACCGCCGUCCUCCGACCCGCAGCUCCGCCGCCGCCGAUGCCGAGCCGGUACCGCUGCCGCCGGUGACGCCGCCGCUGCUGAGACGGUGCUGCCGCCGCCGCCGAUGCCGAAGCUCCAGGCGGUCCCCUCAGGAGACGCUGCUCCAGGCCCGCUGGCAUUUUACAGAGGACCAAUUAACCUACAAACCUCCACGCCUUUGGGAUGUGAGAAGAAACCGGAGCACCCGGAGUAAACCCACAUGGUCAUGAGGAGAACGUGCUAACUCCACAUCGACUCCACAGUCAAAAUGGCCCGAUGGAGGAUGUACUUCCUGCGGCUGCUGAGGAAACACAAUCUGCCACAGGCCAUCAUGGUCCAAUUCUAUACGGCCAUCAUAGAGUCUGUCUUCACCUUCUCCAUCAUGGUCUGGUUUGGCUCAGCCACCAAGCACGACACCCGGAGGCUGCAGCGAAUCGUCCGAACAGCAGAGAAGGUUAUUGGCUGCAACCUUACCUCCAUUGAUGAACUGUACACUGCAAGGGCCAGGAAGCAAGUGGGCAAGGUCAUUUCUGACAUAAA